UCGCACGGAUCGGAUGUGAAAAGCGGUUGGAAAAUCGCCAGGCGCCCAACGUACCGUUUCGACGUUUCGAAUUAGAAAAACCCGCGUUUGGAAAACCCCAGAGUACGAAAAUAAUCUAAAUAAUAAUAUUAUAUACUGACUACAGCCAAGGCAUCUGUGUAUUUGCGUUUGAAACGCCCGAGUUUUAUGGUGGAAAAUACCUAGAAAAAUAGAGAGAAAAUAUUAUGUGCGUUUCGGUUUCGGCUUCACUUCACAUUAUCUAAAAAUAACGGAAAACAAGGAAAAAGAAAGUGAACAAGUGCAAAAAAUUAUCCGGCUAUAUAUAAAGUGGGCCGUCCCGCUGGUUUUUUUAUACAAAAUUAUCGAUCAAAUACAUAAGUAGUGCCCCCAGCCUAGACAGCAUAAGCCGCGCUGGAUGGAUGUUCGGGUUUGGUGACCAGCCGAAAGCGAGGACUCCUGAAAUUUGCUACCUGGAGGGGUUAGUCAGAGGUGCCAACAGCCGAACUAAAGAGUGCACCACAAACAAAAAGUCACACACCAUCCAAAACUCAGAUUAUGAAUUAUGCAACAAAGCAUCCACAGCAGUAAAAUAGAGCAACUAGAACCACAGCACGAACUGCUUAAUGCACACAAGUAGAAUCCCCUAGACUUGGCCAAACACUCGUUUCGGAGACCACCAGACCACUAUCAGCCGCAGACCAGAAGUCACCCAAAAAUUUCCCAGGAGGGACCAUUCGGCGAACAAAGGAGACUGAGACCGAUACCGAAAACCGAGACCAUUCGCCAUGGUGGACGACAUCUCCCCGAUGCAUCAUCGCAUGCAGAAGAAGACGAGGAGCGCCUCUAUUUGUGCCACAGGUGCUAGCAUCGAGACGGUCAUCCAUGGGAUGCCCGGCGCCUCUGGCAGUGCCACACCCGAGGGCGGUACACCCGGUUACCGUCGACGCCGGCCGGCCACGCGCUCCCAGAGCGCCCGCAUCACCUCCGGCGCCAGAUCGGUCCGCCAGAAGACGAAGGCACAGCAGCAGCAGCAGCAACAGCAACACACGCUCCAGGAGACCCGGAGCUACUGCACCAGUGAGCCCCGGCUGAGCGAGACGGAGACGCCUCCGCAGCGCCGUAAGCUAUCGCAGCGGAGGCCACAGCCUCACGCACACAGAAAGUCAAACGCCUUCCUGGACGUGCCCACCAUGAACAUGCAUCACCUGCGCGUCAACGAUGAGGAGGAGGACUUGGACCGAUUGCGCACUUUCAGCGCCUCCAAAGGAGGUAUCAUUAAUCGAGGUGACUCGUUCCGCCGCCGCCGCUCGAGGAGCAACAGCCUGGCUCCAUCGAGUCCCAUGCACACGCGAAAUGGUGUGGGCGGCCUGGGGGGCGUAACUGGAGGUGGGAGUAGCCUGGGACUGAGAUGUGGUUACAAUGGCGGCAGCAGCAGCAACGGAUUCGGAAAUGCCGCUCCCCAGGAGAAUCAUCAGCCGGUGGAAUUCUAUCGCGUGGAAAUGCUGGGAUCGGCAGGUGUGGGCAAACAGGCUCUGAUUUCCCAGUUUCGCACAUCGGACUGCAUCAAUGCCUACGAUGGACCUGAAUGCGAUGAGGCCGAGCAGAACGUCUCAAUCAUCUUGAAUGGGACCGAGUCGGAGCUGAAGUUCCUCACUGGCAAUCCGGAGAGCAAGGACGAACUGGAGCAGGCGGAUGCCUUUCUAGUGGUCUACUCCUGCAUUGACAAGGAGUCCUUCACGCGGGCCAAACAGAUUCUAUCACGACUACAGGACAUGGACCUUCUGCGCCACCGCCCCACCAUCCUCGUGGCCAACAAAAUUGAUUUGGCCCGCUCACGCGCCGUUUCCGCCCAGGAUGGCAAAUGUCUGGCCUGCACGUUCGGAGCCAAGUUUAUCGAGGUCUCCGUGGGCAUCAAUCACAACUGUGACGAGCUCCUGGCGGGCACGCUCACCCAGAUUCGGUUGAAGAAGGAUCAGAACCAGCUUCAGCUUAAUCCGAAAAAAUCAAAAGAUAAAAGCAAAUUUAAAGAAAACACAAACGUAGAGACUGUAGAAACUGAUAAAUGUCUGACUGAUAUUAAAGCCGGCGAAGGGGGACCGAGGGAUGCCAAUUCGCCGCCGCACUGGUACAAAAGCCGCAGUGUGAUGCUGGCCAGCAUGAAGGCCCGCCAGAUGCUCACCUGGAUCCUGGGCAAGGAGGACUCCAAGUUCAAGCACUGCGAGAACCUGCAAGUGCUUUAAACAAAAAUCAACCAAAUCUAUAAGUCUAUAUUCUUAGCGACUAAGUGUGUCGAUAUGUGAAUAUGUGUAUAACAACCGGCAGGAGCUGGCGGGAAGCUUUAUAUCUAAGUGCUACCAGAUGGGCUCAUCUAAUAUGUAAACAGGUUUCGACGGUUCGAAUCUCUCCAAUCCGCCUGUAAACAACCAUUUGCAUACUUACGAGUGUGUGCCACCAGCUAUUUGUAAUGUCUAACGUGUAAGCCUGAUAAUCAAAAAUUAAAUCAAAUUUAAUGUAAAACAUAGGGACAUAACGCUAGCAGCGGCUAUGUGUACGAGCAACUUAAUGGAACCAAGCGAAAGGAGCAAAACCAAAAAUACUAACUAAACUUAACUAAACUAAACUAAACAGAGAACAACACUACUUAUGUACUUAACUAGCAACUUUAGUAACUUUUCUAAGCCAAGAGCAAGUAGGGGAAUAUUUUUCUUAAGCUGGCUAGCGGCUUAACUAUUUACAAGGAAAAAUAAAAAGGUGUGCAAAAUGUUUCCAUCAAACAAAAUAUAUAUAUAUUAACCCAAGGCGAAGGAUUUUCAUAAAAGAUUUAUAUAAAAUGAAUGUAUGUAUAUCAGAAUGCCGCACUUUGUUAUUUUCAUUUUCUGCAGCUAAGGGAAGUCUUACAGGGUCUUUAGUCAACAGUUAGUUAGCUGCCUAGUAAGAAUGCAAAAUAUGAAUAUAUAUUUAACCCUCGAUGAGUGUCCAUCAUAUGUUUAUAUUGUAGAAUUAGAAUUCAAUAUUCUUUGUGUCUUCCUUAGUCAAAUAUGUAUGUGAGUGCGUCGGUGUGUUUAUAUUAGGGAUCCUUCCAAAAUAGUGCAAUGCAAGGAAUUCAAGUGUCAUCCACAAGCCUUCAUGUAAAUGUGCUCAAUGUGGAAACAUGAAAAAACUACAAUAAUACCCUUAACUCUAGUGAGAAAUAUAUAUAUAGAUUGAUGUGUACAUAUGCUUAAUCACGUGUGGAUAUUUGCAAAGCGCCUAGGCUCUACAAUAAAAAAUUAAUAAAAUAUUUAAAUGUUUAACAAUAUAAA